CCAGCCCACUUGCCAGGCAGCCAGUGCUGCGCCCACCGCUACGAGUUGAAGAGGCAGCACCGAGCGCAGCGCCGCCGUCCCGCGCGCCACCCACCCACCGCGUAUUGAUCGGACAACAUGGCAGUGCCAGCAGCAUCACUGGCCCAGCUCUUUAGGCUGCAGAGUCCUCUUCGUGCAGGAUGCUGGUCAGCGUGCCGCCCCCUGCACAUGCUCGCCGGGGAGCCUCAGACGCCCGUUGUGAAGACGGAGAUACCCGGGCCGCGGUCCAGGGAGCUGCUGACCGAGCUGUCCGCCAUCCAGCAAGCGGGCUCGGUGCAGCUCUUCGCGGACUACGAGCGAUCCCUUGGCAACUACCUGGUUGACGCUGACGGCAACGCGUUGCUGGACAUCUACACGCAGAUCUCGUCCAUGCCCCUUGGCUACAACCACCCAGACCUGCUGCGGGUGCUGGACAACCCCCACAAUGUGAAAACGCUGGUGAACCGGCCGGCGCUGGGCGUGUUCCCGGGCCAAGACUUUCCCAAGCGGCUCAACAACAUCCUCAGCCAGGUGGCACCCAAGGGGCUCACGCAGCUCACCACCAUGAUGUGCGGCUCCUGCUCCAACGAGAACGCCUACAAGAACAUGUUCAUCCGCUACCGGACGCAGCAGCGCGGCGAGAAGGUCGACUUCACGCCCGAGGAGCUCGAGACGUGCAUGGUCAACAAGAAGCCCGGCUCCCCGGAUCUGUCCAUCCUGUCCUUCCAGGGCGCAUUCCACGGCCGGACCAUGGGCGUACUGUCCACCACGCACUCCAAGGCCAUCCACAAACUGGACGUGCCUGCCUUCGACUGGCCCAUCGCCCGCUUCCCGGUGUACAAGUACCCGCUGGAGGAUAACGAGCGCGAGAACGCCGAGGAGGACCGCCGCUGCCUGGCGCAGGUGGACGACCUGUUCGUGCAGUGGAAGAAGAAGGGCUGCGACAUCGCGGGCAUCACCGUGGAGCCCAUCCAGGCCGAGGGCGGCGACAACCCGGGCUCGCCCGCCUUCUUCCAGGGCCUGCAGAAGAUCGCGCACAAGCACGGCGCGGCGCUGCUCAUCGACGAGGUGCAGACGGGCGGCGGCCCCACCGGCAAGUUCUGGUGCCACGAGCACUUCGACCUGCCCGAGCCGCCAGACGUGGUCACCUUCUCCAAGAAGAUGCUGAUGGGCGGCUACUUCCACAAGCCGGACCUCACGCCGAAUCUGCCGUACCGCGUGUUCAACACGUGGAUGGGAGACCCGGGCAAGGUGUUGCUGCUCCAGGAGGUGAUCAAGGUCAUCCGCAGAGACGAGCUGCUGAGCGUGGUGCGCGCCGCCGGGGACGUGCUGUACAAGGGCCUCCGCGCCCUCGAGACGGAGUUCCCCCACCUGCUGUCGGCCACGCGCGGCCGCGGCACCUUCCUCGCCGUCAACGCCCCCAGCGGCAAGGUCCGCGACGACCUGGUGGCCAGACUCAGGGCAAAGGGAGUCCAGUCGGGUGGCUGCGGUGACCUCAGCAUCCGACUGCGGCCCGCGCUCAUCUUCCAGGAGCGGCACGCCCACCUGUUCCUCGACAUCUUCCGCCAGGUCCUCAAGGAGACCAAGUGAGAGGCCGCGUCGCACCGCGCGCCACCGGCUUCACGUUGUUUCCAUUUCUCAUUAUUGUCGCGUUCCUAGUCCGAUAGAACACCGUUUAGAGUGACGCGCGCCAUGGGGCGAUACCGCAGUUCCAGAAAUCUAGCUUCCAGGUUUAUUCUUGUAAACAACGACGCGUUUUAACUUUUAAUGAAAAUAACGUUAUGGACACGUUUUAAAGUAAGGAGUAUCAGUACAUCAGAGGGAACUCCUGUUGUAUGUGCUAAAAGGAAUGAGUAAGUUUCAUUCCUACGGGCAUGUACGUACGCCCUUGAUCUUAAGUACCUCAAAGAAGAUAAGAGAGUCAACCGAAAAAACAAGAUCGAUGGGUGAAACUGUGUGAUAUGAAUGUCUUCCAAUUCUAGAUAACACGAAUACAAUGUAAAUAAUGUCUUCCAAUAAACUAAUAUCACAAUAUCAA